AUGAGCCAGGCACACCAUGAUAACAACCUAUACGAACAGUCACUAAAAAUUACGAAGAAGAUAAAGGAUAAAAUUUCCAACCGAAAGGGAUCCAAGGAGGAUUUCAAGGAGGUCAAGGUGAAGACUGUGCCUUAUAAAUACCUGGUGCGUAAUUAUAAGACGAUAUGUUUGUGCGUGGGGUUUUGUAUGAACACUUUCCUCUACUUUAGCUUCUGCUUUAUUGUGAACAAGAUCAUUGACAAUGUUGUUUUUGCUGGUCUCUCCAGAGUAUCUCAAUAUGAUUAUGCCAACAGCUUGGUAGCGGGGUCCAUCAAGGGGACCAUUAUCCUGUUUCUGUGGUUCCGGCACUGCUCCGGUGGGUACGACGGAGAUCCUUUUUUUCACUUUUUCAAGAGCAGACUCAACCUGAUAGGCAGGGGCGAAGCGAAGGUUAUAUUCCUGUCCAAUGUCUUGGGAACGCUGCUCUACCUCGGAGUGAAAAAUUUCUUUGUAGUGGAAGAGCCUCUGUCACCCAUCAGUGCCAUCAUCCUAGAGAGGAUACAAAAUGGGAAAGUCACUAAAGGCAGAUCCAUACUCACCUCAUUUGUUUUCCCUCACGUACCCCCUGUCGUGAAGAAUGCCAUUGUUCAGCUCAUCAUACUAACAUGCCCUCAUGGUAGCAGCGGCAACAAAUACUACAACAAAACCUUUUGGAGCAGCAUGGACCUCUACUCCUCCAUCGUGAUGGAUACGUAUUUGAAUGAAAUGUUAUGUUCCUUUCUCAAUUAUGUCUUACUCUAUAUUUAUCUGUUCACCAAGGAUAAUCUACCUUACCAGUUGGAAAUAAAUCUUCUCUUAACACAAGUCGUUCUUCUCUUUUCCACCAGAUGCGCAAAUGUUGUGGGUGGUCCUUUUAUGAGUCUCAGUUGGAUAUUGAAUGAAUCUCUUUCAAAGAGGUAUCAUUUUUUUUUUCUCCUUUUUUUAAUUAUUUUUCACUACUUGGGCUAUAAGCUAGCUAGCCAUUUUUUGGGACCACCAAAACUGUCCCUAGUAGAUGCAGCCACUUAUUACAAAAAUGUCAAGCAUGAGGUGCUUCAGAAAAAUGUAGACAGUGCAACGGGGCGUGUAAAUAUCUCCCUCGUGGCAAAUGACAGCGUUAUGCUAAGUGAAGUCGAGGACACUUACUUGGGACGCUUCUUUCAGAGAUGUUUCCAGUUGUACGGGAUUGCCCCCUCAGCGAAGAAAACAGCCUAA